AUGAAUCACUUUUCCAUCGUUCCGAGCUGGACGCCGCUCACUCCGAGCAGUACUAGCGCGAGUGCUGGACCCAGUUUCGCCACCUCAACAUCGUAUCCGCCACCGUCGAGCGCCAGUAUCAGUAUCAUCAGGAGCGACUCAGAAAGCAAGACUCGCAGUUAUCGCCGUCGUCCAAAGGAAGUCUACGAAAUUCUCGGCCACUUCUUCCACCAUGUCACCGACUAUCCCAACAGGCAGCAACGAGACGAGCUCGCCAAACGAAUCCAGUGUAUUCCAGGAUGCGAAGAUUACAAGGCAUCGAACGUGAACCAGUACUUCGCCACCAAGCGACAGACAGAGCGGCGAGCCUCGGUGGAGGGACGUGACACCCAAAGGCGAGCGCAUCCUGAGCCUGUCCCCUUCGUUGCCCCGCCUUCCGCUAUGACGAGCGCACACAUCCUCUGGCCAAGCCUUACGAAGGAGCCGAAAACGCUACCGCUCCUCGAGGUCCUCUGUAAGGAGAACCCGACCCCGACGAUCGAGAUUGCCAACAUCUGGGCAGAGAGCCUGGGGAAUGGCGCAACGCCAGAGCACAUCUUGAGGUAUGCGCGACAUCGCGAGUUGCAGAGUAGACGGGGGGGCGAACAUUCGACGUCGCCACCGCCGCCAGCUAUGCCUCCGCUCCCUCAACUUCCACCCUUCUCGGUCCGGCGUAAUCCUCCGGCGCAUUUGCCGACACCAGACAUAUCGCCGGAACCCCCGUCUAACCCAGCAUCCCCUGUGGUCGAGAAUGGGGGCAUCAUCGCUCAAUCUAUGACUAAAGCCUCUGUGAAGGAAGAAGAAGAGGACGAGCUGAAAUCGGAGUCGGACGAAGACAUGGAAGUGGAGGCGGAGGAGCCCAUACUUACGGCACAUGGUACCAUCGAUAGCCGCCUACAUGGCCAACUUGCUGUCAACCUGCAUAAAGCCCUGUCACAGUCUCGAGUUGAGACGGAGAACGGCUCCUCGAGCGCACCACGGUCCUUUGCGCAGUUUUCCCAAUGGAUGGGCAAGCAAAACCAGGCCUCGGCGUCGUUGCUAGAUGGUGUAUCAAGGGGAACGUAUGCACACCUGGGCCUCAAGCCAAUUGCUUCAUCUGCGCCCCCUGCAAAUACUUGA